AUGGUCUACUUCCCAGUUUCUAGAGGCGUUGAUCUCGAGUUUGAGAUUGGAGGAGAGAAGGGGAAAAAGAGGGAAGUGGCCUAUCAAGCACACACAACCUCUAUAGUGCUCGCACGGGGAUUUCAUUUUAGAAGCUUCGAUGGCGGCAGUUAUUGUCGUUGUCGAGGUGGCAAGCGGAUAAGACACGCAGUUUUGUCCGCCACAUGGGCGCACGGACACGCGUCGCCAGGUCAUUCGGGCUUAAGCCGCCAAAUCAGCCGCAAACCCGAGAAUAUUCUCAGAAGAUUCUUAUCGAAUAUUCAGGUCCCGUUUGCUUAUAAGGGCCAUUCCUCCACAAUACCUAUACACACGAAUUUCACCGACGCGAAAGAUCAAGAGCAAAGAAAUUCCUUUCUCUUUUCUUCCUCUGUUCUUGCGCUACUCGAUCGAUCUCCUCGAUUUUUCCCUCUUCUCUUUAUGUUGAUCGUCGCGGCCCCGAGCUCUCCGAUCGCAGGAGUAAAUUCGCCCAGCUUCUCGAGCAAACUCGCCAAAUCCUCUCCAGUCCGCAGCUCCCCAGUCCGCCCCCGCUCGAUCCAAGUGUCCGCGGCGGCGUCGCAGUGCAUGGAUUCGCCAGUGGCGACGCGAUUCUCCGCCCAGCAGAGCCUGUACGACGUUCUCGGCGUCGCCCAGCAAUCGGAUGUGAAGGACAUUCGCAGCGCCUACCGGCAUCUGGCCAGGAUCACACACCCGGACGUGGCGGCGACGGAGAACAAGGAGGAAUCCACCAAGGAGUUUCUGAAAAUCCACGCAGCCUACACCACUCUGUGCGACCCGGAGCGCCGCGCCAGGUAUGAUCUCCAGCUCUCGCUGCAAUCCCUGCCGCGAUUCGGCAGCCCACGGGGAUUCUCGGGAAUUGGGUACGACAGCUACUCGUUCAUGGCGCCAUCGCCCAUGAGGGCCUCGCCAUCGCCAUCGCCAUCGCCAUCCACGCAGUGGAAGACGAGUAGGAGCUGGGAGACCGACCAGUGCUGGUGAGCGAGAGAAGGAAGAACACAAGAACAAAAAUUUGGGGCUUUUUCGCCUCGCAGAUCAGAUCAAGGGGGUCUCAGCGAGCACUCAGGAAUCGAUCAAUCGAGCUGCGAAAAGAUGUCAUUCGUUUCCAGGCGAUUUCCCUGGCAAGAUCUCUGCGACCCCGAGAAAUUUCUUCUCGCAUACAUUUGUAAAUAGAGAAUCGUCUGUAUCAAAAGGACGAGCUGCUUUGCAACUCGCAGAGUUCCGUGGCUCUCCAAAGAGCUUUUUUUCGCAAUUCGAAGCUUCCCCUUGUCCUCCA